CCUUAGGGUUAGGGUUUGCCGCCCACUCCCUCUUCUCCGCUCCCCUGCAUCAAGUUCAGAGCUCCCAACAUCUAGGGGCAACAACGAACACUACAGCCGCAAUACAUAGAGUUGGAUCACGCCUUCCUUCACUUUCACUCCACUUUACAAUAUUGACCGAGCCAUAAUACCUAUAUUCUUCUAAGACACCGCAGUUACCAUGACCGAACAAAUUAACGCCAUUAUCGAGCCUAAGCUCGAACCGAAGUAUGAUCAUUACGACUUUCCGAUCACCAACCCCAUGACGGGCAGUGGUCACUCUGGUCACGUUGAUGCUGAGCAAAACGCAAAGCUCUUUCAGCUAAGGAGUGAGCUUGAGAGCGAGGGGUGUACUGAGAGACUGGAUACGCUGACUUUGCUUCGGUUCUUGAGGGCAAGAAAAUUCGAUGUCCCAUUGGCAAAGGCCAUGUUCCUCGCUACGGAAAAGUGGCGAAAGGAGUUUGAAGUCGACAAGAUUGUUUCCACCUUCGAAUACACCGAAAAGCCCAAGGUAUUCGAGUACUAUCCUCAAUACUACCACAAGACAGAUAAGGAUGGCCGUCCCGUAUAUAUCGAACAGCUCGGCAAGAUAGAUCUCAAUGCAAUUUUAGCCAUCACCACCCAGGACCGCAUGCUCCAGAACCUCGUCCUGGAGUACGAGAGACUGGCGGAUCCCAGAUUACCGGCCUGCUCAAGGAAAGCUGGCCAUCUCCUUGAGACAUGCUGUACAAUUAUGGAUUUGAAAGGCGUUGGAGUUACAAGUAUCGGCUCAGUCUACACCUUCCUCAAGGCAGUGACUGCAAUCUCCCAAAACUAUUAUCCUGAGAGGCUUGGGAAGUUAUACAUCAUCAACGCCCCCUGGGGGUUCUCUAGCGCUUUCAGUGUUGUUAAGGCGUUCCUCGAUCCAGUGACCGUCGAUAAAAUCCAUAUCCUCGGCAGUGGCUACCAAGCGGAACUUCUGAAGCAGGUGCCCGCGGAGAACCUCCCCGUCAUCUUUGGCGGUACCUGCUCCUGCGAGGGGGGCUGUGAGCUGAGUGAUGCCGGCCCAUGGCAGGAGAAGCAAUACACAGAGACUGUGGUCAAGCCAACCACUACAACUACAGCGGCCGCACCCGAGCCUGCCCCAGCGGCCAUGGCAACAAGCACUGCUUAGAUCAGGCGUGCGGGGUAACGGAUUUAUCACGGCUUAAUUAGAUGUAGUCUUGUGGGCGUGGAUACCUGAAGUGAGGUUCCGGUGAGAUGUCUACGAGCAUUUAGUAAAAUACUAUUCAGAUAUUCAGAAUUGUUACUGUCUAAAGUUGAGGUUUAUUGCUGUUUUGGGGGGACUAGCCGUUGGAAUCUGGAAGGGGUUUAGUUUAGAGUGGCCUUGGCAUAUUUUUACGCUAAAAUCUAGACAAUCAACUUCUAAAUUCUAAAUUUUCUAAAAUCUAAA